AUAAUAUGAGGAGGAGAUAGAUGUUCCAUCAAGAGGAAAAUCUUCUUCUAAGGUAAGUAUACAUGAAUUCCUCAUACGCAAUAACUACUUCUUUCUAUAAGAAACGCCAUUGCAAGAAGAAGAAGUAGUAGUAAUAGUAGUUGAGAAAAACAGAGAGAUUGAUAACCUGAAAAUGACGAACACAAAGCAGCAGCAAGUAUCUGAGCAGCAGCAACAUUUGAGGGUGAAGAACUCGGAAAUACUCGGAAGUCCGUUGCCGGAGGAAAUGGAGGAGGAAAUGACGAGAUCUACUCUGUCGGCAUUUCGCGCUAGAGAAGAGGAGAUCGAGAGGAGGAAAAGAGAAGUUAGGGAGAAAGUUGAAGCGCAAUUAGGUCGUGCGGAAGAAGAAACGAAACGAUUGGCGGAAAUUCGAGAAGAAGUUGAAGCAUUGACAGAUCCAAUGAGGAAAGAUCUCUCCAUCAUACGGAAGAAGAUUGAUAUUGUCAAUCGCGAUAUUAAACCGCUCGCUCUCAAUUGCCAGAAGAAGGAAAAAGAAUACAAAGAAGCCCUAGAUGCUUUUGGGGAGAGGAGCAAAGAAAGAUCUCAACUAAUUGCAAAACUUGUGGAGCUGGUGACUGAAAGUGAGAAAAUGAGGAUGAAGAAGCUGGAUGAAUUGAACAAGAACAUAGAGUCUCUACACUGAUUUAUGUUGAUUUUAUUGAAAUAUUAUCUUUUUUUUCUUAUUUGUCCUGAUUUAGUGUUCCUCUUUUGUUUUUUAUUGGGUUAUAAUGGGAUUUAUUUGUAAAAUAAAUAUAUCUUAACAAUAUUGAACUUAUUUGAAUAUUGUGUUUUUUUUUAACAUUUGAAAUUGUAUCAUAAUUUGAUUUGACAUAUGAGAAUAUAUGGUUGGAUUAAAGC